AUGGCUAAUCGUAAUCGUAGCAAGUUUGCACCGAAAGAACAAAACGCUUGGAAUGUACCGUUGCAAUCCAAAAGCGAACCUGCCAGCGGAAAGCCACGGAAAUCGUCCACCGGUAGUACCAGCAGCGCCAAGAUGGUAACAACGCCGUCCACUACGACGGAAUCCAAAAUCCCGCUGCCUACGGUGUCGUCAAGCAUGCUGAAGAAAUCGCAGGACAAGUUUAAUCAGGUGCAACGACAGCAUGCUGAAACGGCGAAAAAAUAUGCGACCGAAUUCGUGUCGAGCGACGAGGAAGAGCUGGAUGAAGCUGGCGGCGGAGAGUCGUAUGAUCUGGCCACCCGUAACAUACUCGGGGACGUGUUGAAGAAUUACAACGGCAUUGAUGCGGACGUGGGCAAAACGCAGGAAUAUUUGCAAAAUCUGCUCGAAUCACGCAAUGCCGUGUGUUUGAUCUGCAUCGAGACGGUGAAGCGCGUAGACAGGAUCUGGUCCUGUGGCGCGUGCUUCACGUUCUUUCACCUCAUGUGCAUCCAGCGUUGGGCUAAUGAUAGCAUGUCGAUGAAGCGCAUUAACCACGAGCAGCAGGAGGGCUACUACAACAACCGGGGCGAGUACAUACCGAAGCCGGCACUCAAUGUGCAAUGGGACUGCCCGAAAUGUCGCCGGGAGUAUGCGCCAGGUGAAAUACCACGCCACUACGAAUGUUUCUGUGGGAAGGAACGGGAACCGGCGGCCCAUCCCUGGUUGAUACCGCACUCUUGUGGAGAGCUGUGUGAGAAGCAGCUUAACCCAGCGUGUGGUCAUACGUGCCGGCUACUGUGUCAUCCCGGACCGUGCCCCCCGUGUCCGCAGACGAUCAGUGUAUCGUGCCGUUGUGGCGUUUCGCCACUAAAAACGAUCCGCUGUGCACAGAAAACGUGGACCUGCACCAAAAAGUGUAAACAAACACUUAGCUGCGGAAUACACGAAUGUGCCACGCAGUGUCACGAUCCGGGCAACUGUCCGCCGUGCCAGAAUCGUAGCAAGCAGUCGUGUCUAUGCGGAGCACAAACCAAAGAGGUCAACUGUCACGAAUCACGCUGGCAGUGUGGUAGCGUAUGCAAUAAAUCGCUACCAUGUGGUCUACAUCAGUGCGAACGCGUCUGUCACGGUGGUCCUUGUGGUGAUUGUCCGCUUGGUUUGCCCCGUUCCUGCCCGUGCGGUAAAUCGGAAACACGUGCCGCAUCCUGUGCCGAGCGGAUCGGAACGUGUGGUGAUACGUGCGAUAAGUUGCUCGCCUGCGGACAACACCGCUGCCCGGAACGAUGCCAUCAAGGAGCGUGUGGCAACUGUUUGGAACUGGUGCCGAAAGUUUGCCGCUGUGGAUCAACGAAAAAGCAGGUCGUCUGCCACCGGGAAGCGAUUUGCGAGGGUCGCUGCAAACGGAUGCGCACCUGCGGCAAGCAUCAGUGCAAUCGGAAAUGCUGCGAUGGGCAGUGUCAGCUAUGUGAUCGGGUGUGUGGGAAGACGCUGCCCUGCGGGAAGCACAAGUGCAGCUCGAUGUGCCAUCAGGGUCCGUGCUAUCCGUGUAAUCAAAAAUCGACAGUGAAAUGUCGCUGUGGUGGCACAGUGGUGGAAGUAGCGUGUGGUCGCGAAAGAAAAACGAACGCACCGAAAUGUAAACUACUCUGCCGGGUGGCCUCCAAAUGUCAUCAUCCCAAUACACACCUUUGCCACACCGGCGAAUGUCCACCGUGUACACAGCCAUGCGGCGAGCGGAAUGAUACGACCAACUGUGAGCAUCCGUGCCGGGCCAAGUGUCACGAUGCGGUACGGGUGGUGACGCGUGACAAAAACUUCAAGCCCGCCGGUCCAUGGGAUGUUCCGCAGGAGAUUGUCGAAGUGAAAGCUCUGCCACAUCCGCCCUGUAGCGAGAAGGUACCGGUGAUGUGUCUCGGUGGGCACGAAACGGCCGAUUGGCCAUGCUCCAAUUCGAAACCUUCGUCGUGUGGUAGACCGUGCGAUCGAUUGUUGAAGUGUGGCGUUCACCGUUGUCCGCUGCCCUGCCACAAGGUAACACAUCGGGCCAGCACGACACAGGACUCGCGGUGUGAAGCAUGUACCGCCGGAUGUACGCUCGCCCGUCCGGAUGGAUGUGUGCAUCCGUGUACGCUGGCCUGCCACAAAGCGCCGUGCAAUCCGUGUCUGGUGUCGAUCAAGGCGAACUGUUACUGUGGCCUCACGCAGGUGUUUUAUAAAUGCCACGAGUUUUAUCCUUCCGAUAUAGAGGGUAAGGGUCCGGAAGAGUUGGCAGAGUUGAACGUUAGACGCGAAUCCUUUCUUAGCUGUGGUCAGAAGUGUAUCAAGAAUUUCCCUUGCGGGCAUCGUUGCUUUUCCAUCUGCCAUCCCGGACGCUGCCCGAAUCCGGAGCUUUGCACGAAAAAGGUAAAAAUAAGCUGCAAAUGUGCUCAUCGAAAGGCGGAAGUGUCGUGCAAGGUGGCGCGCAACAAUUCCACGCUCGACUGUGACCAACAGUGUGAAGCAAUCCGUGCCCAGAAGCAGGAGGAACAGGAGCGCAAGGAACGGGAAGAGCGAGCCCAACAGGAGCUCGAGAAUCAGCGCGAACUGGAAGAGUUUGAGCGCAAGUUUAACAAACGAAAGUACCGCGAAAGGAAACGGCAUCAGGUGCAGGAGGAGGCAAAGGGGCGACAUUGGGCUGUGUACGUGGUGCCGAUUGUGGCUGUGUUGAUAGGUGUAGUUUUAUAUGUUUGGUUUGUGCAAUAAAUUGUGUG